AUGGAGGCGGCAGAGACUAAGGCGGAGGCUGUUGCCCGAGAGGCCCUGGCCAAGGUGGCAGACAUCCUGGAGCCUAUAGGUCUUCAGGAGGAGGCAGAACUGCCCGUGCAGAUCCUGGCUGAGUUUGUGAUGGACUCCCGGAAGAAAGACAAGCUCCUCUGCAGCCAGCUUCAAGUAGUAGACUUCCCGUAGAAUUUCUUGGUGCAGGAAGGCACUGCCCAGGACCUGAACCCCUUGGCUUCUGAAGACACGAGCCGGCAGAAGGCAAAUGAAGUCAAAGAGCAAUGGAAAGAGCUGAAGGCCACCUACCAAGAGCACGUGGAGGCCAUCACAAAUUCCCUGACCCAGGCACUGCCCAAGGUGGAGGAGGCCCAAAGGAAGCAGGCCAAGCUCCGGGAGGCCCUUGAACAACUCCAGGCCAAGAAGCAAAUGGCCAUGGAAAAACUCAGAAGAGUCCAGAAGCAGUGGCAGCUACAACAGGAGAAGCGUCUGCAGCAUCUGGCAGUGGUGUCUUCAGAGGUGAGGGAGCGUCAGGCAGGAACUCAGCAGGAGCUUGAACAGCUAUAUCAGGAACUUGGAACCCUGAAGCAGCAGGCAGGGCAGGAGCAGUACAAGCUGCAGAGGCACCAGACCUUCCUCCACCUGCUACACACCCUUCAGGGUAAGCUGCUAUUCCAUGAGGCUGAGGCAGAGAUGCCACAAGAGUUGGAUCUUCCUAAGGAUAAGCCCCAGCAGCUGACCCAGCCCCAGGAGCAGAACAUUCGGGACACCAUGGGGAGAGGUGAAUGUGUAUCCUCCAAGGCCAACAACCCACAGCCUGCUGGAGAGACAGGCUUACCAUGGCUUCCUGGGAGACAGCAACAUGGGGAAGGAUCCUAG